AUGUUAACUGUCGCCAAAGCUACUUGUUGUUUCUUGGGAAAAGCUUACAAGUGCAGGACGACGAUGGCGCUCUUCGCUCUCUCUUCAUCUCUUUCUUCCUCUUCCUUCUGCCGUAAUUCUCGAAUUCCUUCUAUCCGUUUCUCUCCCGUGUCACGUCUUUCUCACCCUAACGGCGAUAAGCUGACACUCGCUCCGCCGCAGUUUAAAAACGCCGGCGCGAGCCUCCGUGGGUUUGGGGUUCCGAGUAAGCUCCCGAGUGUAAGAAGACUUAGUGUUUCGACGAGGUGCGAGAAGGAAGACGCAGCGAAAGGUGCAAUUGAGGAUGAUGCGGAGCGGUUUGCGAGGCGAGAUAGCACGAUGCCUGAUAGAUUCAGAUACUUAACCAAAGAAGCCCCGGACAUUCCUAUUAGAUGGCCCUGGUUCGUCGCGCUAGGGUUCCUCGUGUAUGCGUGGAGAGCAGUCUUGUUUGAGCUAUCAAACUGGCGUAAAGCGGUUUUCGCCAUCGUUGGGUUUCUUGGAGACCUUUCCAAGUUCGCAUUGGCCCUCGUCUUCCACUUUAUAGGCGAUCCCAUCACUUCUCUCAUCGCCCUCGUAGAGACUGCACUCUACAGUGCCCGAGCUUUCUACUCCGGGAUAGUGGCCUACACACCUGUGAGAGAGCUAACGACGGUGAUCUUACUUGCAUCCUCUGUGCUUGCCAUAGGAGAAGCGGUCGCACCGAACUCGAUCAGCAAGCAGCCGUAUGUGGUAACUCUCGCGGGUCUCUUAGGGUAUGCAGCUGUGCAGAGUUACAUCUCAGAGCCGUUCUUCUGGACCGUCCUGGUGGGUAUGUAUGGAUACUCGCGGUUGAUAAAGAAGAGAGACGAUGUGACCUCGGCGCUUCCUUCUGCAGCUGUUCUUGCAGGAGUAGGUGAGCCAUGGGUGAGAGUGGUGGCCAUCACAGGGUAUCUAGCUCUAGCCAUGUAUCACAAUUCAACUAAGACCUCUGAGGAAGAAGAAGAGAGGCAGGACUUAAGGAAGGCACCACCAGUGCCGUUGUUGGCUGCAGCAUUGGCCAUUGGUGUCAGGCUUGCUGCAAAAUGGGCUGGAUACAGGCACUUGACUUGGAUGAUUGUUUGAUUCCUCUACUUGUAUUUUUCUGAAACAAAGGAUUUUUUAGAGACCAGCAAAACUAGUUUAUGUUGUUGUUGUACUUGUAGCCUUCAUCCAUUUGUUAAGAUAAUUUCUGAUUACACCAGAAAAAAAACUUCAGCGUUUUUGAAUCUUACGGCCCAAUAAUUUUAAACUUCUGCGUUUUGGAUCUUAAAGCCCAAUUAGGUUUUG